UGACAAUAGUUGUGCACAUAUUUAAUUUCCUUCCGGAAGUUAUUUUAAUGUGCAGUGUCUUAAGCGGAUAUCUAAUUAAUCUGUUAAAUCCAUUUCAGUUCAUUUUCAACAUUUAGACUUUGAAAAUGUGGCUGAAAUACCUGAUAUUCCUGGCAGGGGCCUCGCUGUUUCGAACAGAAACCGUUGACAAGGUGUCCAGUGACUACUGGUCAUGGCGGCUGUCAAUCUCCAGGGAAUUCUCCACUUCUAUCGGCACCUACAAGUACAAUGAUAGGCUUGAUUCGUAUACAUAUGAGAAAAUCGAGGACAUGAAGGUGGAAGUAGACGGCUUUUUGAAGCGUUUAACGCUGGUGAACAGUUCCUCUCUGGUAGGAGAAAAGCUGAUCUCGUUCAAAGUUCUUAAGGAGAUCCUGGAAAACGUUCGAGAUGGCUAUGAAUGGAAGGACUAUCAGCCUUUGAACCCAAUUAAUUUCUUGGAGCUCUGGUUUUACGGUCUCGACAUGUUUGUCUCAGCACAGCCGUUUGACACCGAAGGCGACUUUGUUAACUAUGUUCGAAGAAUUGAAGAAGGGCCCCGACAGAUAGAGGAAAUGAUAAACUUGAGUCGCAGAGCCAUUGCAAACGGUCACACGAGCCAUAAUGCCUCAGUUUCCCGUGUUCCUGGAAACAUAGACGACAUGGUUAAACCACCAAACGAAUCAGCACUUUACUCCCCACUCAAAAAAGACAAUGCCAGUGCCAUUCUGGGAAAGAAUGCUGCGGCGGUGGAAAAACGGCUUCAAGAUGCCAUUACUGCAUUCAAUGCUAAACUCCUUAAGGCCAAGGAGUUUUUAAUCAACGAAUAUAUGCCCAAAACGCGCCCUGGUCUCGGGUUAAGUAGCUUGCCCGGAGGAAGAGAAAACUAUCAAGCCUGUCUAAAGAUCCAUACUUCCACAGAAAUGACAGCACAGGAGAUCCAUGACAAAGGCUUAGAGGAGGUGAACCGAAUCGAGAAGCUUAUAAGACAGAAAAUGAGCAACAUAGGGUUUCCCAGCACAGCAAAGUUAUCAGAGAUGUAUGCUAAUUUGUCUAGUGACCCGAAAUUUGUCUUCAAUAAUUCAGCAGAUGUCUUAGCGAAUUUCAACAAAAUUAUCUUCGAACGAAUUAAGCCUUUGAUGCCGAAAUACUUCCGUCAUCUUCCAGACUUACCGCUAGAGGUUCGAGGCUAUCCAACUGACGGAGCAGGCGGAGAAUACAAGGCAGGAUCUGCAGACGGGUCAAAACCGGGCAUUUUCUAUGUUAACCUCUUCAGACCCGAGGACAACCCCUCAUAUGCGGCGGUUUCGUUUUCACUUCACGAAGCCCUGCCUGGCCAUCACAAUCAGGAAAGUUAUGGCCUUUUGGCCGACAUACCGCCAUACAUGAGAAGCUACGAGUGGCUCUCCUUCAAUGCCCCAUACUUCUUCCCGUUCUUCAACGCGUAUAUUGAGGGUUGGGGUCUAUAUUCGGAGUUUCUUGGAGAAGAAAUGGGCAUCUAUCAAAACGAUUACGAAAUGCUUGGCCGUUAUAGCGACGAGAUGUUCCGAGCCGUAAGAUUAGUAGUAGAUACAGGCAUCCACGAAUACAACUGGACGAGGGAACGUGCUAUCGAGUACAUGCUGAAUUAUACGUAUAUGUCCCGGGAUGGAGCUGCAAACGAGGUUGACCGGUACGCCACCUGGCCCGGUCAGGCCACCGGCUACAAGAUCGGAGAAAUCAAGUUCAAGGAGGUCAGGAAGAAGGCUUCCGACGCUUUAGGCAGCAAGUUCAAUCUAGCUGAUUUCCACUACGCAGUCCUGCGCUACGGUACGUUGCCUAUGUCGGUGCUGGAAUACGUGGUAGAUCAAUGGAUUGCUGACCAAAGAGCCGGCGGUGUCCCAGGCGUACCGACGGGCGGUGCGCCAGUGUUGGCGUUUAACGCCUUCAGCCUUAUAUUGGUCACUGUAUAUGCACUUAUUUAACACAGAACAAUAUAUAUAUAUAUAAGUUGCACUCCAUUGAGGGUCAUGCUGUGGGGGUUUUUGUCCAAUGAAAUUGAUUGUCAACAACUCGAUAAAAGUUAACACUUCGUAAAUUUGAAACGCGAAAUUGCCUUGCAUUCCGAGUAUGAAUGGAGAGGUUGGCAGUAUCUUUCAGGAAAAGACAAAAUGUUACAUCAUUUACAUCAGACGAGUGUAACGUGAUUAUUAUUAGUAGCAGCUCGGGAAGAAUGUGCAUCAUUUAAUCAUGUGUUUCAUAUAACACCUGUACGUUUCCUUCUCAACAUUUCUAUUGUCGAUUUUGCUUGACACCACUCUCCACAUGGAGCAAAUUCUUAAUGCUUAACUCUUCAUCUCUUCUUGUAUCCAUACAUUGAAGCUUAUGUGUUUAUUUAACUCGUAUGAUUAGUGUUGAAUAUCAAAGCGAAAUGGGCUCAUCAGGGAAUGUGGAAUCUUUGGGGGAAAAACAAUGGUGGUUAUGUUCAAACAACGCUUACACAUGCUCUGCAUUAAUUAUAGGUACAUUCAAAUAAUUUUAACGAAUUUCCUGGACGAGUUUAAUAAAAUAUGGUAUGAUAUGACAACGAGUGUCAGAUCUUUUUUAUCACAUGCUUUUAAAUGAGUAAAUUACUUCUCCUUAUCUUAAAACCGUCUUCUGUUGUUGUCAGUUGAGAGAAGACAAAACAUGUUUUAUCGAUUCAUUGCUUUUGUAAGUAAGGGGGAUGAAAAUAUCUGACUGUCAUUCUGUUCAUCCGUCCAUCCUCUUGUUUGUUUGUAUGGACACUAUUAUUUACUUAAGCAAUACUGAAUAGAGAAAAUGAAAUCUCAUCAAGUAAAAAAAUCAAGAAUAAAAUUUAAAAAGGAAAAAAAAAUAACCCUCAACCACUAAGACCACUCGGUCAUCUGUGCUCACACAAUAACGGAAAUAUUUUUUUACUCUUUAUAAGCAAUCCUCGUAGUUUCACAAAAUUUAACGACAACAACAGAACUCUCCAAAUUAUUCAAUCGUUUCGCGUUGCAACGCUUUAUAAUUGUCAGGUUUUUAAAUCGUCAAAAUAUGUAUAAAAUGGCUAUUUCAGAGCAUGGUAAAUGUUCAGUAUUACUGCUUCCUGACAAAUAUUAUAACUAAAACGAAUAUUUGCGAAUCUGAAACAACUUUUUUUUAUUUUGUCAAUUUACCAAAACGUUGAAAGGCCCCUUUAAUAGAAAAGAAAGUUAAUAAAUCCCAGUGGCUCAAUAGACUUGAUAUUACCAAUCUGUUUUUAAACUGACUAAAAAAAUGUUGAUCCAAUACAUUGCAUUUAGUGUAUGCAAAUAUUAUUGUGAUUUAUUUUCUUUACGGUUUUAAUAAAACGUCUUAAUGUUAAUUGCUACAAUUUGGAAUUGGUGUGUUGUUACCACUUUCGAUCGAAAUAAACAACCUAUUUUGAACCACCCAAGUAUGUAAUAUUAUGUUGUAUGUUAGAGGAUAUUGGUCUAUAUGCAAGCAACACUUACGUAAUGAGACUCGAGCUUAGAGUGUAGAAAUAGAAAUAUGUUUGCAAUUGAAAGGAUAAAUAAAACAAAACCCGGCAUCAAAAGCUAUGAGUUGAUUACAGUUAGAUUUGAAUUAACUAAUGUAAUAUUAAAAUUAAUCCAGUCAAAGACGUUGGGCUGUCACAUGAUUUAUGUAUUAUUUUAAGAAGCUGAAGUCGAGGUAUAUUGUUUAAAUGAGCCUUAUUCUGAGAAAACUGGACUUCAAGUUACGGCGAAGAGUGUCAUC